CAAAAAAAUUACUCCAUCAGGCGGGACUGAAGUUUUCACUGUUACACCCGGCCACUCUCCGCUUCACGUUCAACGGCGCCAGACAGGAGUUCAAGUCGCCACAGGAUGCAUGCUCUUUCAUCCUGCCUGCCCUAAAGGACACCACUGAGGAGAAGGGGGCGGCUGGUGAUAAUGACUAAUGAGACUAAAAUUGGCCACUUCUCCUUCUUGGCAGGAGGCCACAUAUUCGUCGGAUGGGAUCUGUGUAUUAUGGUGUUUCUCUUGUGCUGAAUUCACUGCUCCUGCCUAAAUAACGUUCAGGAGGUCAAAGGUCGUGUGUGUCAUGACCCCACGGGAGCAGCUGAGGAAGAUGACAGCUCUGGGAGAGCAGGGGGCUAUGGAUGAGAAGCACUGGUACCGUCUGGUCAAUGGCAUGUCAGCUGGAGAGCUGAGGCAGAGGCAAGAGAUGAUAAUGAGGAACCAGAUGGCCAUGGCUCCACAGAUCCUCUCCCAGGGGCAGCAGAGGUUACAGGGGGUCCCAACGCAAUUCGAACCUCGCUUCAUGGAGAGAGAGCUGGUUCCCCCCUCCGAGAUGGUAGCUUCCGAGGCCAGACAGAUGCACAUGGGACCUCAUCUGGGUCCACCUCUACCUCCCCAUGCCAAUGUCCUGCCUGGGAGAGCUUUUCCUGGAGCAGCUGGCUACGGCUUCUUGCCUUCGGAGCCCAUGGAAACAGUUGCCCGGCGACAGGAGUUCAUUCACAAGCAAAAUAUAGCCAGAAUGGAGAUGAAUGCCAUCCUGCACCAGAAGGAGAUGGAGAAUGCCCAACAGAAGGGACUUAUGGGAAUUGAUAAUCACAUGUCGUACCCUUCCAACCCCAUGGCAUUUAGAGGUCGUCAACGUAUGCCAGACGGCCAAGAUGUCUUCGUCCACCGUCCCACCUUGGAUGAACUGCACUCCAACAGCAUCCUCAUGUCAGCCAGCCCUUACCCACCAAUCAGCACGCUGCACAGAGAGAGGGGACGCAGGGCUGGUAGGAGACCAACCGCUCACAAAUGCGCAGAGAGUCAUGUGUCCAACCUGAAGGGCCAUUGUGAAGAUAAAAGUGUAGAGCAGAGCCCAGGAGCCACAUCAGGGGAAGAGAAAGAGGUGGAGGCUAAGGGGGACAUGGGAGAGGAGUGUCCCACUAGCAAGACGCACCAUCAAGCAAAAAUAGACUCUGACCUUGCCACAGGAAGCCGGAAGAAUUACAAAGAUGGGGACCCAGGCCUGCGUAAAGCCUGUGUGAACAGUCAAGAUGGGUCAGAUGUAGCCAACAGCAGUGCAAAUGAUAAAGACAUAUCCAGUCAAUGUUCAGCUUUUCAGGAGAAAUUCAUGUAUCCCUCCGCUGGUGGAGCGCUCACAGGCAUGCCUUACAUGUUCCCAGUCCCUGGAAAUGGUUUCCUUCCACCUGGUCCACCCAAUCUCUUUCUUAAUGGUGAUGAGGUGCCCGAAGACAUAAGGAAGUGGGCAGUGAAUGAUGUUUACAACUUUAUCAACAGUAUACCCACAUGUUCAGAAUAUGCUCAGACGUUCAAGGAUCACAUGAUUGACGGGGAGACGCUGCCUCUCCUGUCAGAGGAGCAUCUACUGGACACACUGGGGCUCAAACUGGGACCAGCUCUUAAGAUCCGCUCACAGGUGUCCAGGCGUCUGGGCAACAUGUUGUACAUGAGGAAUCUGCCGCUCUCCACCUCCACCCUGCAGGCUACUCCAGAGAAGCCCGCUGACCGCUCAUCAGAGAUCGGCUCCCCUGUUAACUGCAACAGCGAGGAGAUGAUGGCGAGUCCAAGAGACCCUGAUGUCCUCAAAUCUACAGAGCACCUGCACGAGACAGAAAACAAUUCCCCUCCAUCUGCCAGCAGUGAGACAGCCUGA